AUGCAUCUCUUGAAAGCUUUAUGGGCACUAGCAGGAGCAGCGAUCUGCUGUUUUCUUAUAUUUGUCAUCCACUCACAGUUUCUUAAAGAAGGUCAACUGGCUGCAGGUACAUGUGAGAUUGUUACUUUGGACAGAGAUAGCAGUCAGCCCCGAAGGACUAUAGCCCGACAAACAGCUCGCUGUGCAUGUAAAAAAGGACAGAUUGCCGGUACGACAAGAGCAAGGCCAGCCUGUGUUGAUGCACGAAUUAUCAAAACAAAACAGUGGUGUGAAAUGCUUCCGUGUUUAGAAGGAGAAGGCUGUGAUUUGCUAAUCAAUAAAUCAGGCUGGACCUGUACACAACCAGGAGGACGGAUAAAGACAACCACGACAAUUUUAUACAGUGCUGCCCAGUCUUACCGUGUGUGCUUCAUGAUGAUAGAUUGA